GAACCGUGCCUUCAUCUACCAUCUCUUCUUAAGGCAUUGGUAGUGUCACGAUAUCCUCAUAGGUACUUUGUUGCGAGACUUGCUUUUGCAACUGGUCCACCCUUCGGAGAAACCUCCCGUCCCGAUUGUGUAGAAGUAGCUGUUUGGCUUGUCAUGGCAAUACUCGGGAGCAACACUAUUCGUUGCCUGUGACCUUGAUGCAGUAAAAUCUUCUGCUUUGGAAUUCUUUUGGCCGGUGUUCAAACAUUCGUUUGUUAGACCUUGAUCCUCAAACUUCGAACAUCUAAAACCAUGGUUUUCACCGAUCGGCUUACGGCUCUUAUGGGCCUAAUAGCCCUUUUCAAUCAUAUUGACCUCGUUCAGUCUCUCGAUAUGGCUUAUUGUGCAAGUAUCAAUACGGCUUCGACGAGUGGCAACUCAAGUAUAUAUCAGUCCGAUGGACUCUGCCACGAUUUUUGCUCUGCCAACUUCGCCUUCUCUGUCCUCAAGGAUAAUGAAUGUUGGUGUACCGAUUACACACCCGAUAAGUCGGCUCAGGUAGACACUAGCAAGUGUAGUGAAGAGUGCCCUGGUUACACGUCCGAUACCUGCGGAGGUGAUGGAUUAUGGGGAUAUAUAGCCCUGGAUAGAGAGCCUUCGGGCACAAAGGGCAGCGGUAGCAGCAGUUCUACCGAAACAUCGAGUCCAACUGUACAUAACACGGUUACUGUUACUCCAAGUCAAACCGUUUCUUCCUCUUCGACUACGGCUGUUCCUGAUAAUACGGACUCGUCAACGGCCACUCCGACCGUAUCCGUUCAUACAGUCACAGCCGGGGGGACUGUCAGCCUCCAAACCGUUACUGUGGUCCCUACGGCCGGCUCAGGUGAAUCUUCGGGCGCUAAUGCCGGAGUAUCGUCCAGUCAACACGGACUUUCAACCGGUGCGGCAGUUGGUGUUGCGAUCGGGGUAUUCGCUGCCGUAGCGGUGGCUCUGGGUGCUGGUCUCUUCUUCUGGCUUCGUCGCAGGAGGCAAGGGCAAGGAGAUGCUAUCGCUGACUCGCCGGGAAGCCAUCGGGGAAGCUCGGCGGGUAUGAUGAGCACCCCCACAACAGCAAUGGCCUCGGUAUGGGACGGCGACAAUACGUCGACAGGUCGAAGAAACAGUCGAUUCAUGCCUCAUGAUCCCCGUAUGGAUCCGUAUGCGGCUAACAUCUACAGCCGUUUCGAGAACAAGAGCCACGAGAGUAUCAACACUCUACAAGAUAACCACGAUUAUUCGCGAAAAGUACUUCGAACCACGAACCCAGACCCACCCGAUGCUUAAUGAGAAUGGAUAUGUUCAUAUCUCUGAAUUGUCGCGGACCGUUUUGGAGACGGUUAAUGACGUACACGAGUUUUUCUUUUAGGUCGGGUUUAUUGUUGGUUCAUCAUUGCAUUGCAUUUUCGAGAUACCAGGCUGGCGUUUUCAGGAGAACAAGAAUCCAGGA